AUGAGACGCUCGAUCCAACGUGCUGGACGCGGAUGGCUUGUCUUGCCCCUCGGCAGACACCCCACUCGCCUUCGCUCUACUCCAUUUCUUUUGCAGCCCCUGGCCAACAAUGCGCCAGCCAAUAAUGCACAGAAAGGUGGAGAGCAUGAUGAAGCCAAGCAAGAGCGGAGUAAAUUUGCCCGGAGCGUGCUCGAGGGCAGCACCGUUGCUCUGAUAUCGCUAUUUGGGCUUGGCCUUGGCGGCUAUGCCUACAGCCUAUUUUACAAAAGGACAGUGGCAAAGAAGAUUGAAAAUGCUUUUGCUACAGGCUACAGCUCGCAAGAGCGAGUUGCCCUUGGUCGCGUGGCGUACGGUACCGAGCCAGACCAGAUACAAAAGAUUAUUGAGAGAGAAUACUGGGUUCCAAGAGCUGAGCAGCAGGAUGUCGAUGACAUUGUCAGCGGAAAAGCAAGAGGAAGAUACUAUCUCAUUAUCGGUGAGCGAGGUACUGGCAAACGCGCGCUGCUUUUGGAAUCCAUGAGAAAGGUCAAUGGCGAUGGUAUUGCUAUGCUGGAAGCGCAUAAUGACCUGGAGGUGUUCCGCACACGACUGGGCAAGGCUAUCGACUAUGAAUUUCACGAAGACUACAUUGGGGGGUUGUUCAGUAUCAGGGGUCCGCGAGACAGCUCACCGCUUCUGGACAUUGAGCGGGCAUUGAACCAGCUGGAAAAAGUAGCUUUGUCGAUGAGAAAACGCCGCGGAAAGCCCUUACUCAUGAUUAUCAACAACGUGCACUUGUUCAAGGACGACGAGCCAGGCAGGCAUCUACUGGAGAUCCUACAGCAGCGGGCCGAGAUCUGGGCGGGCAACGAGCUCGUCACAACCGUCUUCACAUCCGACGAAUUCUGGACGCUGGAGCGCCUGACGCCACACGCGACCAACAUGCACGUCAUGAGCAUACGCGACGUGCGCAAGGACAUUGUCACCAAGGCCCUCAAGCAGUACCGAGCGCGGUACCACAACGAAGACACGCCAUGCAGCAUCCUCGACCAAGUCUAUGCCCAAGUCGGCGGCCGCCUAAUCUUCCUCAACCAAGUCGCCAAAUCGCACGACAUGCUGGGAACGUGUGCGCAAAUCAAUCGGCGGGAGAAAUCCUGGUUCCUGAACAACUGCUGGAUCCUGGGCGACUCGAUGGACGACGACGUCGAGGAGCAGCAGAAAUACUGUGCCGCGGCCAUUAUCCUCGCACGCGCACUGGUGCUCCGCGAAACACACCCUCGCACCUCGGACGCCUUUGUUCUGCCGGAAAUGCCGCUGCACGAGGCGCGCCAGAUCAUCACGAGAGCGGAUUUCGUGCACCCGUUUGACCACAUCAACGUGGUGCACAUUGAUGCUCAUGGCAUGGUGCGCGCCGACUCGGUGCCCAUGCAGAAUGCGUUUCGCGAUGUCGUGAUGCAGCCGGGCUUCGAGGCCCAUCUCAAGGCGACGCUGAAUCGGCUCGACGAGCUGGAGAGCUUGGCGCGCACGAGAGAAGUGUCGAUGAGGGAGCCGCCGGAUAGGAGUGGUGGCAUUGUGCCUGUGCAGACGUAUUGUGCCAAGUUGUGAGAGGAUGAGGAGGAGGAGGAGGAGGACCUUGUUACAUUGCAUGUUCAGAAGUGUCUCUUGUUCAACUAAUACCGAAUCGAAAUGUGGUUUCCGCAUCAAGUGUAGAAAGUGAAACAGAGUUGAGG